GCUGUUGGUUGUCGGUUGGAUUGAGGUUUCUGGGCAGUGGAGUUGUGGGAUGUGGAUUAUUGGCUGCUGUGUCAGUGGACUGGACAGUGUGUUUGUCGGUGUGGGUUGCUGGUUGCUGUGUCGGUGGAGUGGGCAGUCGGUGGUAUCACUGCUGGCAGUUCAGGCGGUGGGUGGCUGUGACGUGGAGGAGGGGCUGA